UGUAUAAAUACUUUUGUGGCUUUCGAGCUAUUUGCUUUCGAUUUUUCGUUUUUGCUACACGAAAAUAAAAUAUUGUAGUGCAACUGUUAAUUUAAGAAGAGCAUCGAGAGAAAAUUAAUUAUUUGUCGUGCUUUACAACUACCAUGAGCUUAUACAGAGCAAGAAUUCAAGCAUUUAAAGAUCUUCUUGCUAAAGAUGAAGUGGAUAUGAAAGCUCUUCAAAAAUUAGCAUUUAAGGGGGUGCCAGACAAAAAGGGCCUCCGCUCUUUAGUAUGGAAAAUUUUACUGCACUACAUUCCACCUGAAAAGAACUCUUGGGAGUCAUAUCUGCAAAAAAAGCGACAGCUAUAUAAACAAUUAAUUGAUGAGAUCAUUGUGUCUCCUGGAGGUCCUAAAGAUCAUCCGCUAAGCAUAAGCCCUGGAAGCUCUUGGAGCGAAUACUUCAAAGAUAAUGAUGUUUUGCUGCAAAUUGAUAAAGAUGUGAGAAGACUCUGUCCAGAUAUAUCCUUCUUCCAAACAGCUACCGAAUUCCCUUGUUUAGUAAUAGUUAACAGUAAUGGAGUGAAGCGAUUACAUAAAAGAGUUCAACAGUCUGUAUUGAAUUAUUCUACUCUGGAACGAAGAGGCCUUGGAGUAGCGAAGUUGAGCAAUGAGAUCCGUAGAUCGGAAAGUUUAACGAGCGGCGACUACGCGCCGCUGAACGAGGGCUGCGAGGCGCAUUGGGAGGUGGUGGAGCGGAUGAUGUUCCUGUACGCUAAACUGAACCCGGGGCAAGGGUACGUGCAGGGCAUGAACGAAAUCAUCGGACCCAUAUAUCACACGUUCGCUAUGGACCCGGAUGAGGAAUUUCGAAAGCACGCGGAGGCCGACUGUUUCUUCUGUUUCACGAAUUUAAUGGCGGAAAUUCGGGACUUUUUCAUACGAGCACUCGAUGAGACAGAGAGCGGUAUUAACUAUAUGAUGGCGAAAUUAAACAAUUGCUUGAAACGGAACGACAGAGCAGUUUGGGAUCGUCUCGAGAAACAGGAAUUACGCCCGCAAUACUAUAGCUUUAGAUGGCUUUCCCUUCUCUUGAGUCGAGAGUUCUCCCUGCCCGAUGUGGAACGCAUUUGGGACUCUCUUUUCGCUGACACAAAUCGAUUUGAUUUCCUCAUUAACGUUGCCUGUGCCAUGAUUAUUUUAAUUAGAGAUGAUUUACUUACCGGCGAUUUUGGAUCAAACGUCCAACUACUACAAAAUUUCCCGCCAAUGGACGUCAGUCUCAUAUUGAACAAGGCCGUCCAAAUUGCUAAUGAUUAAUUUAUAUAAUUGUUCAGGUUAAAGACAGAGUUAGUUAGAUUAUUGUACAGUAGAUAUUUUCAUGUCCUUGUAUUAUAAAGUAAAGUAUUCCAAGCA